AUGUCACAACUUUUUAUUAACUUUUUAUUACCUCAUUUCGGUACCAAUAAUCGUUACAUAUGGGAAUUCAAUUUCUGUGACUUUGAUGUUGAACGUGAUCUUCACAAUUCAAAUUCUAUUAAUCUGUUGCGCCGUCAAGGGAUUGAUUUUGAACGUAAUGUUUUUCACGGCGUCAAUUCAUUCUAUUUUGGUGAAAUGUUGUUGAGGUCGGGAUUACUGUUCAAUGAAUCGGUUGUUUGGGUGACAUUCCAUAGUUGUUACGAUUUCGGGUAUUUGGUGAAGAUUUUGACUCGACGUAAUUUACCCCACAGAUUGGAGGAUUUUUUGAAUGUUUUAAAGUUUUAUUUUGGAAACAAAAUUUAUGAUAUCAAGCAUAUGAUACGGUAUUGCAAUGGAUUGUACGGUGGACUCGAGCAAGUAGCAAGUACUCUAAAGCUAAGCCGGGCUAUUGGAAAGUGUCAUCAAGCUGGAUCAGAUAGUUUGUUGACUAGACAAACAUUUCAAAGGAUGGUACAACUUUAUUUCCCUACCAUGAAUGAAAUCAAAAAGCAUGCGGGCAUUCUGUUUGGAUUAGAAAUUUCAGUUUAG